UUGAAGCAGGCAAUCCAGGCUGGCUUUGGACAUGACUAAUGUAAAGUGAGUGGUUCGUGGAGCAGAGCUGAAGUUCCACAUGUUUGAUCCACCUUUUUGGUGCUGGGGAUUUCAUUUUGGUGAUUGGAAGGGUUGGAUUGCUACGAUGUCCAGAUUCGGUAUAUCUCCCAAGGAAGCAGAAAGUGCAUAGACGACACAGACCGCCUCUAGUGCUUCACCACAGCUGGAGCAGAGAGAGAAAACAACUGGAGCAGAGAAGAAGGGAACUGAGAGCCUCCUGCAUGCUCUGACGUACCGAGGAAAUAUAAACAUGAGUAUGGCUCAGUCUUGUGCUCCACUUUUAGCCGAGCUGCCCCAGAAACAAGAAGCUUCAUUGACCGAACCAUCAGCAGAGGGGAAAGAGCUCUUCUCCUCCUCUAAUUGCCUAAUUCCGCCAUGGACGAAGUAGCUCCGUCCAGAAUGUUCCCUGUAUCUGAAGAGCUGCACAGACAUCUGGACAGGAAGUCGCAGAUUACCCUGCCAACCACUGAUCUGUCCAAUGAGAGCGCCACGCCCAGCGCCCUCCCGUUCUGGCCCUCCCCGCACCCGCAGCCUCCAUCGUCUCCGGGGACCGCGGUUUCGUCCCUUCAGUCCAAGGUGAAGGCACAGUCGCAGAACAGGACGGCAAAGAGAGGCCGGGAUGGUAGGGAGCCAGUGGCUCUGGGGCCCAGCCACAGCCAGCACAUUAAGAGGGGUAGAGAGAAAAAGGUGUCAGCCCCCCUUUCCCUACCGGUGUCUUCUGCUACGGGGAAAAGGUCCGGCAGCAGUGAUGAAGAGGUUGAGCCCCAGUACCAAGUGCGGACUUACUUGACUGACCCCCCGCAGACGGAUGGGGAUGAGCAGAAGGAGGAAGAAGGGGCUGCACAGUCUACGAUGGGUGUUUUUGCCCUUUCUCGUGGAUCGGGGGAGGGGGCAAGUCUGGAGAACCUGUUUGACAUGUAUCGGUUCCAGGAGGAUGAGCCACCCUCAGUAAAACCCUGGAUUUGUCCAAAAGAACACUGGAAGGCCGUCCGUCCCGAGACCCUGCUGCUGAAUGCGAGCGCCCAGUUAAGAGAUGGGCCAUCUGGCGAAGCGCCGGUGGGGACAGGGCGCCAGAGGAACGUCAGACCUGCAGCGGAACAGGGUCCCAGAUGGGAACAGCAGCGGUCUAGGAACUCCACAGCGAGCCAUCCGUGGAGGCGCUCGCAGAAGGAGACGGGCUCUGCGGGCCCCCGUGGGGGACUGUGGAGGGCCGAUAGCUGGGACAGCGUGUGCAGCAGCAGCAGCUCCGUAUCGCUGGCUGAGCGUGUGGAGAUGAACCGGGGGAUCCUGAAGCACAUGUUGAACAAGGCUUGGCGUAAAGGUGUUAAAGAGGCAGGUGCCCUGGAGACAGAACAAUCUGGCAACAGCAAGGAGAUGACGCAAGGCAACGGCCGAGGCUUGAUUUCCCUCAAUGACAGUGACUGGGACUCUGGAAUCUCUCUGCAAGACAGUGAACACACACACAGGUCCUUGGUCUCUGGUGAUGAGCUGCCGUUGAGCCCGAGGCUCCAACAGGCCAAGGUUCUUCUGGAGCGGGCGCGAGCAAAGACCCGCCGUUGCCCCAUCAAAGGUGACCACACUAUCCUGCCCCUGCAGAGCGGUCGCACGGAACUAGGUGAUGCUGCAGCCCACCGGAGCCCCCUUCCUGGGACCGAGAGCCUCGCAGCGGGGAACCUGAGCGACUCGUCAAGCGGUGACUCUGCCUGUGGCCUCCGGCGACGCCGUGGCAUCUCCCCCACAAGAGUGCGCUUCCAGGACGAGUCUGAGAAGGACGCGGAAGUGCGCUACCUGGAACGGCAGAGACGUCGGGCGGUUGAAAGGGCGCGGGACCUGCUGGGGUUGCGGCCUGGCCUUUCCGACAACCCCAGCAGUACAAGGGACUGUAGCCUCGCAGCCGACAGGCCAGCACACAACAGGAACUUGGAGAUCCGUGACGGGAGCCUCAGCAAGAACGGCUGCAGGUCAGAGGAAGCAUUGGCUAGAAAGUGCCACUCGUGUGGAACUGUCCUGGAGACUGUUCCAGAGCCGCACUUGAACCCUUGUUCCCCCUCACAGCCCUUACAGACUGCCUCUGAACGCAAGAUGCUGCCUUGCUGGGUGGCUCCUUCCCACCCACAUCUGGCCACUGAUACAGACUACAGUGGGAAAGUUGCAUCUGUUCAAGGGAUGGAUCUCAGCCAUACUGAGAGCGAGAGUGUAUCGCGUGGACAGGAGAGUGCGUCGGCUCACGAAACACUGAAGGGGAAGGGCAGAGGCGAUCCAAGGUUAGAGACAGGGCUUCAUGUACAGCCAGAGGCUGACGGUGGUGGAGAUGACCUCUUAGUGCUACCUGAGACUUUCUACCCUGAGAUAAGACAGUGUGGACUGGAGAGUGUAAGGCCCCCCAGCCCUUGUGGUCAAAGUGUGGGUGUGUCCGGAUACUCUUCUGUUCCUUGUGCUGCUGGCGGAUGUCAGAUGUCCUCCUCUGCGAAGACUUCUGUCCAGCCGCAGGCCAAGGUGACCCUGACCUCCCCGCAGCCCAGGAAGUCGGCCUUGAGCCACACGCCCAGGACUCGGUCUCCUGGCCAGCGGGUCAAAAUCCUGCCAUCGCUGCAGUACCGUCUCAUACAUUUGGACUCUGAGGACGAACUUUCCAACCCGGAUCCCGACCAACAGCAGGAGGAGUCCCAUGGUCAGCCGCACCAGGAGGAUUCCCACACCGAUGUGGGCUGCAUGGAGGACAACCCAUCACCCACAGAGCUUGACUCCCAGGGGCCACGUGCCAGCGAGAGCACCUGCACACGGACGUCAACCACAUCCAGAAAACACCCCGACCAAGGAGUGCGACGGGGAUCCACAUCUGCACCCGAAACGCAAGCCAUGAGUCUGAGUCAGUGGAUGCAGGGGGACCUGUCUCAGAAUAACCUCAUCAACUGUCCCAGUGCCGUCCCCACACCUGGACACUCUGUGGAGCCAUUCUGCACACGUCCAGCUGGGCGUGAGCUGCUGUCAGAGGACAGCGCAGAGCCAGCACACCUCCUGGACCCGCAGAGUAAAGGUCUGAUGGCAGGUUCUCGUCAACGCGGAGGGAAGGCCAAGCUCUCGCUGCGCCAGUUCUUCUCCUCCAUCACCCUCAACGGUGCAGGGAAGCUGGGCAAGGGCCGUUCCAGCAGCAUGGAGCACCUGAGCUCCUCCCCGAACCCCAGCUGUGCAUCGCCGGGCCCCGCGCACAAGCAACGCGGCCGGCUGAAAAAGGCCCCCUCGCUGCAGUCCCUGCGCCUGCAGGCGUCUCCCCUGGCACACCUUCAGAAGGCCUCAUCGGUACAAAGUCUGCUUUCGCCCAAGAAGAAACACGGCACUUCCAGUUCUUACACGCCUGGAGGCCACCCCAUCGGCCCCGUGUACAGCAACGGGCUGCCCCGUACUUUGAGUGUGGAUGAUGUAGGCAGCCCCAGUGGGAUGCGCUCGGUGGGUCGGGUCUCUCAGGCCUUCUCUGAUGGGACACUGCUCCUGGAACUCACCCGACCUCCACACGGGGCUUUCGGCUUCCUCAUCUCCCGAGGAAAAGGUCGAGCGGACUCAGGUGUUUACGUAGAGGAGAUCAGUGACAGCAGCACACAGAAGAUAUAUGCAGGUCUACUGGGGGUUGGGGAUGAGAUCCUGGAGGUGAACGGGGAGAAGGUGGCCGGGCUGAGUCUGGAACAGGUCACCUGGCUCAUGACCCAGGGCAGCACAGCCUCUAUUCGUGUUCUGAGACAUCGUCGGACACAGAACUAGCAAAGGACUGGGUUCGCUUGCGGGAGCGACAAGGUGGGAGAGAGAGAGAGGGUGAAGGAGCUAGAAGAUGAAUCCAGCAGAGGAGCCAGUGAAGGAGAAGCCAGCCUUCAGAAGACACGAGAGGCCUUCAAAACAGCACAGCACGGAGUCUCAGUGUGAAAUUCUCCAUAUAGCCAAGAACAAGUGGUUCUCAUCUGAAUUAGGUAUGUUAAUAUUUUCAGAAU